GCCGGCACUUUUCGGACGGGCCGAGGCUUGCUGAGUCAGAUAUCUAUUACUAAUUAAAGGAAUUACAAAUAUUCCGUGAUUAUGUCAUCCAGAUACUAGGAGGCUCCCGCGAUCUUGGCAAGGGCUAACUUUCUCAGAGGGGAAACCAGAACUACAACCGUCAACCGUCAACUUCCUGGCUGAAUUCACCAAAGCGAAUCAUACCAAAGGCAUAAGAUAUGGUCUAAAUCUACGUCUCCAACUGAAUAUCAAAAGCUAAACUUUAGCUGUGGCUAGGUUCAGCUCGGCCUUGUCGACUUUGUUUACCGGAGGUAACUACCCAGUGAUGGACCGAUUCGAAUGACAAUACCUAUUACCCCACUGAACUGCACCAUAGAACCCUGCUCUUCUUUAUAUCAAGUACAUACGACCACAGGAAGUGGAAAACAGAGCUUCCCGUCUGCUCAGCUGUACUUAAGCCACUUGCCGGUCGGUUAGUAGUUGGGUGGGUGACCACCAGCGAAUCCCGACUGUCGUAUGUAAUUUUUCUUCUAUCUAUUUUUUGCCUCUCUUAUUCUAAAUUUAUUAUCAUGUCGAGGAAAGAGGUUGCUCCUGGAGAGGAAGAGUGGUAUCGGGUUUACAAACCUGAGCUUGACACAGCUGCUUUCGAUCCUCUUGACCCAGAAAAAAGAUACCACGAAGGUGUACUCGUUGAAACCAACCCUGGCUACGGGAAAGGAACUCUGUUCCACGUUACAGGUGAUAUUAUUGCUGCUAGUGGCAUGCGCUAUGAGGAGCGAGAGUUCGACCGAGAAAUGGAAUCGGAAUAUCUACACAGCUUCCCACAAACUGGACGGGUUUUACGGGCCGAUUUUCACUCUGGAAAAAUCAGCGCUAUUUUAAAAGAACUGCCACGACCAACCAAGCAGCAAGGUAUUAAUUUUUGGGAAAUUGAUCCUACUACUGGGCGCCAUGAGAUCAUCUGGACUAGACAGGAUGGGGAACGCUACGAGCCUGAUGAGCAACGUCGCCCUAUUUUCAAGUGUAAUGAGUGGACUCGUCAAUACGCAAUCCCAGCCUUGCGAGGAGCUGGAGUCUUGCUCGAUUCUUUUUAGCUUGAGGGAAGGGCUUGGAUAGUUAUAUUUGUUAUUGACAUGACUCAAGGUACGCACUUUGUAUUCACAUUGCUUGCCAUAUCCCGACUGAAACCAUGGCAAUUACUGGAUAUAUGAUGACAAAUCCUAGGGAUACAUGUAUAACUGUGAGGUGCCUGUGUAUACAAAACAGAAUUAAGUAUACUUGAGAUGUGUGGUUCCUAGCUCUUAUACCACUCAUCAAUUUCACUAUUUUCUCGUCGCGUACUUUCCCCCAAGGUCUCCAGCGGAAAAGCUUCACGCUAGCUCCACAACGAGGAGCUUCUAGGCAGUAUGUGAGCAGAAUAGUGGUUGCAGGCAGGUUACAGAGCGCCACCAGGCGUUACAGGCUCUAUACCACAGUACGGAUACGAGCAGCCUGCUCAGGGACUGCCGGGAUUGCCUAGUCGGGAGUAGUUAGCACCGCGUAUAGUAGAGCCCCUGUCGAAAGCCCUCGGGCCCCGUCGGAGAGCUGAACGUAUAAUUAUUCUCGCACAAAAUGGAACAUGCAGGGGAAAAUGUUCAGGUACAUUAUGCGAUUAAACUUCUCUCGAUUCCAAAUCUUCCCUCCUUACAUUGCUUACCUUAAAGUGUGAUCUGGACAAAUGUAGACUUGAACAAUUUAUCUAAUUUGAAUGCCAAUUAUAAAGGAAGUAAAGGGUAGGUCAUCCGAACGCAACAGCACGAAGUCUGAAUCAUGGAUGGAACCGAUGCUAAUGCCACCCUGGCUAUUUCCUUAACUGAGGUAAUAAAUACGCAAUACGGGAAUAGAAAUGACAAAACUGACCAUAGUUUCUCCCGGUUUCUCUUUUAGUGUUAUUGUGUUGGCCGUUCGACUGUAUUUCUUCAUACCCUUGACUGCUGUUUAUUGCCACCAGGUGUGUAAAGCGUUGAGUUGGUCAGACCAUUACAGAAGCUUAUUAUAUCUGUGGCUUGCUGUCGCCUUUGAAAGUGGAUGAACCAGCGAACUGGGUUAACUAGCUAGCUGACUAGUGUGGCGCUACGGGCCGAGGAGGGUCUCUCACGACACGCGGGUCAAAGAAGCAAUAUUAUGUUUGGCCCGACAAAGGUGGGCAGAAAGAUCUAACCGAUUGGAAAUAUCCUGUCGUAGCAUUUUUCAACAUCUACUCCGUACAGCAGGCUUCAAAGGAUGCAGCUAUCGAAAGGACAAACUUCGAUCACUCGCCACUUUAAACUGAUGUAGAUAAGUGUCCGAGAUGACAUUCGCGAGACAUAUGCUAGGAUUAUGCAUGGACGAGUGGUCAGCGGCUAUCCAACGGGAAAUUUACCUGCUAAAGUUAUAUUAGGCUGGGAACUACCCACUCGCGGGAUUUGAUAAUUAGAUCUAUUCGUCGUAGUUCUUUUACAAGGUAACCAGGGAUAGUUUUGCUAGUUAUAGUAACUGUUGAGAAGUCUCUCGUUCCCUAGCGACAGGGGUAGAUUCUCUUCUCGUACCAGCCAAGAAAGAGCGACAAAGAGAAACCAUUUCAUUAUUCCCCGACGACAUUAAUUCAUUAAACUGAGAUGCAAGCUGCUUUGAUACACAUAGUUAAGGCAGUCGAUGAAGAUCUACGCCCUCUUUAUGCAGACGGGAACACGCCGCACCUUUGAUAUGGUCCGACCACCGUUUGUUCCUGCAUUGGACGGCACAGCAAGGCGGAAUGGGAUCUGCUCUAAGUACGUCGGACAUUCAUCGGAACCACGCGUAAAAUCGAUCGUGUGCUUACAAGCUUAAGCAAUAUGACGUCACGUAAUUUCGGGUGAGGCGUCUUGGUGUAACAAGAAACUGGCGCUGAUUGGCGGCAUUUCAUUGUCUUAAUUGAGGCUGCAUGGGAAGUAAGCGCCGAGGGUCCACAAAAGCUUGUUUUUAUG